AUGGAUGACUUCACAAAGAAUCUGGUUAGUCUGACCCUAUCACACGUAAAAGUUGCUGUAAACCUCACUAAACCACUACCAAGCGUAGUCGAGUUUGUGCGACAGAGUGGUGAAGUAGUUGAGGUCCAAGUGUCAUACCCUUGGGUACCACCAACAUGCUCGGUUUGCAAAGAGCUUGGUCAUGUAUCUCGUAACUGCCUCCAGGCCCCUCUACCUCCGAAAUCUUCGGAUGUUCCUGCAAAGAAGCCGCAACAAGCAGCAUCAGCUUCUCAAAAAGGAAAAAAUGUGGCUACUGCAACACCAACUACUAAAAAACCUGACCCUCUCCAGCCUACUCUAGAAAAAAUCAUUCCUUCCCCUUCAUCAACUGUAUACUCUCAAGCUUCUACCUCCACCACCCCACUUAAUCCCGACCCUCCACCCCCACCAAUUCAAUCUCAACCUCCUAAAGCUCCUCCUCUAAUAACCGCUACCCCCUUGGCCUCUUCUCACCCCCUAGCUGUCAUCCCUUCUCCCUCAAAAAGCCCACCAGAUACUUUUAUCACCCCCUCUUUAAAAAGACCACGUUCUGAUCCUGACCAAAAACCCUUCCCGUCCUUCAUGGCCCAACUCUCUUACUACUCUACCAAACCCUUAGCCAUCCACUCUUCCUCUUUUGUUAAACCCUUCUCUAAUACCUUCUCUGUUUUGGAUCCUGAUGGUUCUCUUCACCCUGAAGAGACCAUUGACUAA